AUGUCAGACGCCAUAAUUGCCAGUUUCCCCCCUCUCGCGGAGCGACCCAUCAAAAACACCAUCUGUCUUUUCGAUGUUGAUGGAACUCUCUCUCCUGCGCGGCUAUCUGCCUCCGCAGAAAUGCUCAAUCUCCUUGCCGCCCUCCGCCAAAAAUGCGCCGUCGGUUAUGUAGGUGGCAGCGACAUGGCCAAGCAACAAGAACAACUCGGCACUGCUGAGAUCCCCGUUACCUCCAUCUUCGAUUUCUGCUUCGCCGAAAACGGUCUCACAGCUUUCAAGAGCGGUGUUCCCCUUCAAUCGAAUAGCUUCAUCAAAUGGAUUGGGGAGUCCCAAUACAAAGAGUUGGUCAGAUUCAUCUUGCAUUAUGUUGCGGAUUUGGAUAUCCCAGUGAAGAGAGGAACAUUUAUCGAAUUCAGAAAUGGCAUGAUCAAUGUUAGCCCAAUUGGUAGAAAUGCGAGUGUUGUGGAGAGAAAUGAGUAUGAGGUCUAUGAUAAGGAACAUCAUAUCAGAGAGAAAUUCAUCGAGGCCUUGAGGGAAAAGUUUACUGGUCUGGACUUGACUUACUCAAUCGGUGGUCAAAUUUCUUUCGACGUCUUCCCUACUGGCUGGGACAAGACAUACUGUCUCCAACAUCUUGAGAAUGACGCAAAGCGCCCAGGUGGUAUUGAAUACACUACUAUUCAUUUCUUUGGAGAUAAGACAUACAAGGGAGGAAACGACUACGAGAUUUAUGAGGACCCCAGGACAAUUGGUCACAGUGUGAAGAAUCCAGAUGAUACCAUGAGAGAUAUUAGACAGCUUUUCGACCUUUAGGUAUAUGGCAUUUGCUGUAACGAGGUAUAGAUAUUAAUUUCAAGGGGAAAUAGGAC